AGGGUUCACGGCCACGGCCCCGCCCACCGCGCUCUGUUGGGGCUGGUUCCCGAGUGGGCAGCACCGGAGCGGCGCUCGCGGCGCGCCAUGGCUGGGCUGCUGGCAGUGCUUGGCCUGGCGGGAAGAGUGGGCACCCGGCUACGGCCCCAGGCCCCUUGGCUCCUGGGAGCCGCCACCUCCUGCGCUCCACCACUCUGGGCCUUGGCUUUGACCCGCCCGGGGCCGGACGCCCGGCUGCUGCACACGUCCCGCAGGGACUGCCUUAGCCUCCAGGAGCCCAGCAGAAUCCCUGAGUCAGGAAGUAGUGCCAGCGGCCCCAAGAAAAAGCUAAGCAGAUCACAGCAGCUGAAGAAGGUUUUCCAAGAAUACGGGGCUGUGGGCGUGUCGCUGCACAUUGGGAUCUCGCUGGUCUCCUUGGGAAUAUUUUACACAGUUGUUUCCAGUGGCAUAGACAUGUCUGCAAUCCUGCUUAAGCUUGGCUUUAAAGAGUCGCUGGUGCAAUCCAAAAUGGCAGCAGGCACCAGCACAUUUGUGGUGGCCUAUGCCAUCCAUAAGCUGUUUGCACCGGUGAGGAUCAGCGUCACCCUGGUCUCUGUACCCUUCAUCGUUAGAUACUUCCGCAGGGUGGGACUCUUUAAGCCUCCAGCCACCAAGCCGUGAUGAAGCCAGUUUCUUCUGAACUACAGGAUUUGGGUUGGUUUCAGGGUGGGUUUUUUGGGGGGCGGGGAGGGGUGUUAGGACUAAUUGCUAUGUUCCUUGUGGGUUGAUUUUACCUUUGCCAGCAAAAAUCAAGUGUUUUAAUUUCCUUUUUUUUUUAAAUGCUAUUUCUCAAGGAGCCAUGUAUGUGACUUAAAAUGUCACCAGGGUUUCAAAAUGAGUUGACAGCCAGGAGUGGUGGUGCAGGCCAGUAAAGACAGCUACUGAGGAGGCUGAGGAAGGAGGAUCUCAAAUUCAAACAGUGAAGAGAGGGCUGAGGGCAUUGGCAGUAGAGCCCUUGCCUGCCUGGCACACAAAGGGCCUAAAUUCAAUCCCAGUAAAAACGAGACUGCCUACAAAAUGCUCCUUCUGGAUCAUUGGGCAGGAGUCCUGUCUGCAGAGGCUAACCUUUGCUCAGGUUCUUAAAAAGCAGUGGUUAAUUUGCUGGCUUUUAAAACUCCCUUCCCCUGAUGUGUCACUGGCAGCAAGCUGUAGUUUAUCUCACAGUAUUCUGCAGACAGCUGCCAGCCCUACAAUUCAUGAAGCAAAAAUUAACAAUCUGUAAUCACGAUCUACAUUGACAUCAAGCCCUUGACAUUCCCAACACUAGCUUGGGGAAAGCAAGCCAAGAGCUCCCAGGGUGCUUCACUGACUCCAGAGCACCUGUGUGUCAAGCUCUGAUGGGGCUGUUUGUCUGAUAGUUCAUUAAUAUGGGGCAGUAUUGUUUGUAAAAUACAGAAACGCUGCCUGCUUGUAAUGUUAUCACUUGGCUCUUGAUGCCAAUAUUCAGGGGAACUCAGAUUCUCACAUAGAAGCUAAAAGCAUCCUAGCUUUCUAUGUAGCUAUCUAAAACUUGAAACAUUCCAGAGCUGACAUGAUAUUUACAAUGUGCCACUGUUUACAUUUUUUAACUGAAUUAAAUCAUAUGUAUGAAGUACUUGUACCACUUUCAAAAAAAUGGAAAAUAUUAUGUUUGUUCUAAAUGGAAGACAACCAAGAAGUAUUGCAAGCCAAGGAGAAGAGGUGUCUUAAUUAGGGUUAUAUUGCUGUGAUGAAGCACCAUAACCAAAAGCAAUUUGGAGAGAAAAGGGUUGAUUUCACUCACCAUUCUAUGUAACAGUUCAUCAUCAAAAGCCGUGAGGGCAGGAACCUGGAGGCAGGAGC